GGUAACUAAAAUGGCGUCGGCGCGGUUUCCAUGAACUUUUCAGUUUGUUUACCGUAAUUUGUCACCUCAAAAACCAUAUCUGAAAUUGCCUUUGGGAUCAGAUCUCCUGGUGUUCAUCUCUAGAAAUGUAUCAAGCGGUAGUGAGUUUGUUUGUUGAGCAACAAUGGCGAAUUUUUCUCCGACGUUUUCGGUGAAACGUGCACAAACACUAUAAACAUAACGGUUGUUCGAUAUUGAUCGACACUGAGAUCAAUAUGGAUAAAUUUCAUCGGAACAAGACAGCAAUUCGCAUAAAAAUCAUCAGCAUGGGAAACGCUGAAACGGGAAAGAGUUGUAUCAUCAAGAGGUAUUGUGAGAAACGGUUUGUGAGCAAGUACAUGACUACAAUAGGAAUUGACUAUGGUGUGACAAAGGUAUCAAUAAAUGACAAGGAGGUAAAAGUUAACAUAUUUGACAUGGCUGGUCACCCUGUGUUUUAUGAGGUUCGUAAUGAAUUCUACAAGGAUACACAGGGUGCCAUGCUUGUUUAUGACGUUGGUAACAGGGACAGUUUUGAUGCAUUGGACAGCUGGGUGGAUGAAAUUAAAAAAGAUAUUGGUAAUGCAGCUGACUUUGAAGGGAUAACAUUUGCUCUUUGUGCCAACAAGAUCGAUAGCAAGAAGAGAGUUGUGGAUGAAACUGAAGGCCAGCUGUGGGCCAAUGGUCAUGGAUUUCAGUACUUUGAGACGUCUGCCCAGACUGGUGAGGGAGUCAAUGAUAUGUUUCAGACCGUAUUCAAGUCAGUAUUGGCAACAAUAGAAAAUGGUGGUAAACCAGUUCAGGUCAAUGCCUCAACAACUCUGGGUUACACCAAAGAACAGGCAGAGGCUAUUCACAGGUUGAAAUCAGCCAAAGAUAACUACGAGAGACUGGGACUGACAGCCGGAGCGACCAGGGAGGAAAUUAACCGAGCCUAUCGAAGGUUGGCCAUCUUAAUACACCCAGACAAAAGUUUGGCUCCAGGAACCGAGGAGGCCUUCAAAGCGUUGGUGAAUGCCCGUGCAGCUCUGGUACAGUCUCACAGAUAGUACUGAACAGGAAAUUAGCCACGUUAUCGAUGAUGUCACUGACAUUUUCAACGUCUUCGCUGAUGAAACUUGCACUUCUUAUUUGUGCACUUUGAUGUUACCAUUCUAUUCUUCUAAACACUUUCACUCCCAAGAUCUCAUUCGUAAUUCUCCUUACUGUUUGCCACCCAAUUCUUACGAUCUUAAUUGGGAGAAUAAGGUAUUGGAUCAACUGAUGAUCCUCCAAUUAAUAUUUUUCUUUAUUCUCGUCACCUGUCUGAUAUUGUAUUGAUAUUUUCAGGAGAAAUUCUGUCUUAGUCAUUCAUAGGAGUUUAAGGGUUAAAGCCCCUCAAAUCAAGUAUCGUAAGCGCUUAAAAGCAAAGAUGGACUGUAUAGUGAUAAGAGGCUGAUAACAAAGCUCUAUUAGGAAUUGAAAAAUACUGCCGAGGCAACAGAAGCCCAUUAAGCGAUGGGUUCCUGCCCGACAAUGACCUCUUAAGACUUUUAGUAGCCCUUUCAUUCAAGAUCUCUUUGUUCGUAUCUUUUUCUCGGCGUUAGGCAUGAAUUCAAUAACAUUUCGACUAUUCCCGGAAGAUGAAGACAACUGAACUGAUCAUAUAAAGGACAGGAGUAACUAAGUCAAACAAGAAAUCGUGUUUUAAUCCAUGUAAAUAUUAUUGUGAAUAACAGUUAAAGAAACUGACCUGUU